UCGGCUGAAAACACCGUAGCAUAGCAACAGCGUCAGGCAUGAUUGUUAGCGUUUGAGGCGGUGAAUGUGUGUUUUCGUUGUUCAGUGUAAGAAAACACCGUCCGGUAUAUUUCAAUAUGGCAGAUGAAGCUCAGGAAAUACCUAAAGAUGAUACUGAUGUGCAGGAUACACAAGAAUCCCAGAAACCCGACGCAGAGGCCGACACAGAUGCAGGUCAGGUACCCGUUACAGAGGAUAUGAAUCAAAACCAGAGUGACGAGACAGAUGGGCCAAAAGAAAAAGAAGAUGGAAAAACUGGUGAAGAUGAGACUGACAACACUGCCCCCGAGUUUGCUGUUCAGGCAAGUGGAGGAGAGGAUGAACCGAAUGCCCCCCAAAAAGAACUGGUGAAAGAGUCGGAUAAAGAUGAUGAAGAACAGACUGUACCUAAAGCAGUGGCAGAAGGGGGAGAAACAGAGGGGACUGGCGAAGUAGUAGCAGAGGAGGGGCAAGCGACAGAAGAACAGCCGUCUGAAGAUGUAAAACCAGAAGAUGAGGAAAAAGCAGAGCCAGCAGAGGAACAAGCUGAAGCUGAAGGGAAUGCUCGAGCGGAGGACUUUACAGAUGGUAAAGUAGAAGAUCCAGAGGCUGCUCAAGAAGCAGAUGCUCAGCAUACAACUGAAACUCCUGCCCAGGAGGAGAGACCUCGAUCAAGCAGUACUAGAGGCAGCAAACGACUCUCCCCUCAACCCCAGGCUGAGGGAGGCAGUCCACGACAGUCUCCUGCCCCUAGUGCAAAGGAGACAAGCAGGACACCCCCAACCCCUGAGGAAGGUAAUGAGGGGUAUCCGUCCCAGCCUCCCCCCACUCAGGCUGAUGUUGAGGUUAUCCCUGAGGCACCCCGAGUUCCAUCAAGAGAAAGGACAGACACAUCACUUGAAGGCACAAUGUCUAGCUCAGCUCUGAACAUGGUGUGGUCAUUCGGCCUGAAUCGCAGCAUCCCGGUGCUCAACCUGACCGAUGGAGUGAGGAAGGUGAUCAUGUACCCCUGUGCCCAUGUCGGCGUCCUCUACGACUUCCACAACAACAAACAGCACAUACUACAGGGGCAUGCAAACCCCAUCACAUGCACAUGUGUGAGUGAGGACAAGCGAUGGCUGGUGACGGGCGACAAGGGCUCGGACUCCAUGGUGAUUGUCUGGGACACCUACACCGGCAUUCCCAUCCAGACCAUGUUUGAUCCUAACCCCGAGGGAGGGGUGGUUGCCGUGGCGCUGACCCCAGAUGCUCGUUACCUGGCAACCCUAAGUGCAUCAGAAACACAGAUUCUAUCUAUCUGGGACUGGACUAUUGACGGUGAGACGCCAGUGUGCACUGCAGAGCUCGACGUCAAGUAUGGUGUUCAGAACUACAUCUUCUUCAACCCAGAGGACAUCCACUUCCUCGUCACCAACAGCGAGUCACAGGUCAUCUUCUUCCAGUGGGAGGAGCGCAGGAUGGAGUACUUCGCCCCACCCCUCACAGACCAGGACUUCAACAAACCUGUGGGGCGCUACAGCCAGUCAAUUUUCCAGGCUAGCAGUACCCGGGCUCUUACAGGAACCUCCCUCGGUAACCUGGUGGUCUGGGACAACAAUCAGGUCCUCACCAAAGUGGUGACAUCAGAGCAGACCGCCAACAAGAAGGCCUUGAAAAUCAUCAAGCUACAAGACCGUGGCAUCAACGUCCUCACCAUCACAGACAAGUACAUCGUCGUUGGGGACAUCGCUGGUCAUGUCAAGUUCUUUGACCAGAGCCUUAAGCUUAUCUACUGGUACCAGGAUUUCGGCCUUGGACCUGUCAAUGCUCUGUCAUUCUCCUUUGUCCCAGAGUUCACACCAGUAGCGGCAGAGAACUCCAAGUACCCACCAGAUGCCACCAUUGCUGCCAGGAAGUUUGUUAUCCGAGAUUUUGUUGUCGGCAGCAACAUCGCAAUAUUUGGCAACAUCACAGCAGAUGGCACCAAGGUUGAGGUGAUCCAUCGGGAACAUGACGCUUCCAUCCAUGCACUGGCCUCCCAUCCCACAAAUCCUUACCUAGCAAUCGGCAGUUACUCUGGACUUCUGAAGAUCUGGAACUAUGAGCAAAAGUAAUCUGCAGCUGUGGGUUUCACCAAUGGAUGUGUGCGUGUGUUGGAUGCCAUCACUCUCCAGGAGGAGAUGGAGGAGCCUUUCCGCUAUGCCAGAGAUGCCGUCACCCACAUAGCAUUCUCACACGACUCUCAGUACCUCGCAACAGCUGAUGCAGAGUACACAGUGACAGUGUACAAGAAGGAGGGCCGGGGGACUGGCAGCCCCUACACCUACAUGGGACGACACCGAGCUCACUACAAGCCCAUCAGGGACAUCAUGUUCGGAGUGCAGCUUGACUCCACCGCCCCCAGGCUGCUCUCCCUUGGGGAGGACAGGGUCAUGGUAGAGUAUGACCUUGAGAAUAGUUACCGUGACAACAUAAAGUUGUCCAGCACCGACCGGAUUGAGCAGAGUGCUGUCCCCUUGUGUAUGGCUUGGUAUCCACCAAUCACAAAAGAACAUUUCAUUGUUACAGCUGACGAUCAGUACAAAUUCAAGUUGUACAACACCACCACCAAGAUGUGUAGGAAGACGCUUCUAGGGCCAACAUAUGGCACUCCCGUCACAAAGAUACGAGUGAUUCCAACCAAAGAUGAAGUCAAAGAUAAACGUUACGUGGCGUACACGACAGAGGACAAAGUUGGCAUGAGUAUUCUCCCCUUGACCGGUAACCCACACAACAGCAUGGCGCUGGUGGCUCAUCCUAGCGGGAUCGCCAACCUGACAUGCAGUAGUGACGGUCGCUACUUGUUCACCGCUGGUGGAGCGGACGCCGCCGUACACAUGUGGGAGGUGAACAUCAGCGCUCUCGAGGGCCAGGCUCAGCUGGGAGGAGAGGACUUGAUCCCCUUCUAUGGUUUACUGGAGGGCGGCCGUGACGGCGACCUGUUUGCGGAAUUAGAGGACUACUUCUACUACGCACAGAUCAGGAGUCAAAGUGUGAACACCAUGGAGACAAGGCAAGUGUCCAUCAAGAUCCCGCUGUCGGAGGUGCCCUUUGUGAUGCGGGCCAUGGGCUUCUACCCCUCAGAGCAGGAGAUUGAGGACAUGUUGAAUGAGGUGAAGUUCGGCAAGUACGUGGAGACAGGACAGUAUGUCAGCGACAUUGACCUUGGAGACUUCAUCAAGUUGUAUGUGAAUCACCGACCAGCAUUUGGCCUGUCCCCGGAGAAGAUUCUAUGGGCAUUUGACACCCUGGGGAUACCGACUGACCAGGGUCCAGCUGUAGAGAGGGGAGAACUACUGGAGAUACUGCAGAGCAAAGGUGAACACAUGACAGAGUACGAGCUCGCGGAGUACCUCACCACCCUGAUGGGCUUCAACCCCGAGGGCGGCAAGUGUGAGCUGCAGAACUUUGACGCCACCGCGGCGGGGGACCUCAUCGACCAGAACCUCCCCUACACAGUCACCGGGGAGAUGUUCUCCAAGGAGAUUCUAGGCUUCUCUAUGUAUGAUGGCAACUCUGCCCCAACCUCAUAAACAUCAAGCCUUAUAGGCAUGCUGGAAUCUAAGAUCUUCAUACAUAUGGCCAGUGGUUUGGCAGUCAACUUUUGUUACCCUUGACCAUGUGACUACAAGCCAAGUGUUGUAACUCAGUGGACUGCUAGGUUAAAUCAUGUGAUUGCUGUUUGAGAAUUAUUCAUUGUAAAUACUGUAAUAUUUCAUGUAAAACAACUCAGGCUCAUGUUUUAAUCAUGAUUUAAGAUGUCCUACAUUUUAAGUAAUAAUUUCUUUGGUUGUCAACACAGUCAACACAUAAGAUAAUCCAUCAUCUGUCAAAGCCAAAGGUUAAAGCUCUCAUUCAAUACUGAGAAAGGCAUUCUGGUUUAAUAUAUGUUAUGUUUUUUGUUUGAGUUUCAUGUUAAUACUAGUACUUGAUAACAUUUACAACCUUUUGUUAUUCAAUGAUGUUCCAAACUGGCCACCAUUCACUCUCUGUGUUUGUAUGUAGAAAUGAAACUGUCAGACAUUGUAUAUUUUCAAGUUGUGAAUAGUAACUUAUUGUACAUAUAUGAAAAUGUUACAAAGCUGUGAUAUGAAUAUUGGUCAAUAAAAUAAUUAUUUCCUGUA